AUGACUCCGACUGUGGUUUCCCUGAGAUUAGACCGAUUCUCCUCCUGCUGCUCAACCAGCUCGGUCUGACCUGACUUUAACCGCUUUCUGAUCGCUGGUCAAUGAAAACCCCGGAUCCUUAGCCCUAUCCUUUGCUGGCUGGUUGCCCCACAGGGACUACUCUUUGCUCUUUGCUUUAGUGUUGGAUGGGGGACUCAUCCAAUGAACACCCCUAUCUUAAAUCAUUCAUGUGCUAACAAGGGGGAAAAUUUUUACAGAUAGUGAAACUUUAGUGGGGAGAGAGAGAGAGAGAGAGGGGGGAAGAAAUGGCUGGAGGAUUUGUGGCUGGAGGAGUAUCUGAAAGGGCUCAUCUUUAUGAGCAUAAGAUAACUGGAUAUUUCAUCUUUGCUUGCAUUGUUGCAGCUCUUGGAGGCUCUCUCUUUGGCUAUGACCUUGGUGUUUCAGGUGGAGUGACUUCCAUGGAUGAUUUCUUGAUAGAGUUCUUCCCAAAAGUGUAUCAUAGGAAGCAACUACAUCUUAAAGAGACAGAUUACUGUAAAUAUGACAAUCAGAUUCUCACUCUCUUUACUUCCUCCCUAUACUUUGCUGGUCUUGUUUCUACUUUUGGUGCCUCAUAUGUUACCAGAAACAAAGGCAGGCGAGGUAGCAUCAUCGUUGGAUCAAUCAGCUUCUUCUUAGGAGCAGUACUAAAUGCAGCUGCGGUUAACAUCGCCAUGUUGAUCUUAGGAAGAAUCUUUCUUGGAGUUGGCAUUGGAUUUGGCAAUCAAGCAGUUCCUUUGUACCUAUCAGAAAUGGCUCCUGCGAAAAUUCGAGGAGCAGUUAACCAACUAUUUCAGUUGACAACCUGCUUAGGAAUCCUAGUAGCAAACUUAAUAAACUAUGGAACUGAAAAAAUCCAUCCAUGGGGCUGGAGAUUGUCACUUGGUUUGGCUACAGUACCAGCAACUUUUAUGUUCAUUGGGGGAAUCUUCCUUCCGGAGACCCCAAAUAGUCUUGUGGAGCAAGGCAAAUUAGAUGAAGGAAGAAAAGUACUUGAGAAAGUUAGAGGAACCACAAAAGUUGAUGCCGAGUUUGCUGAUUUGAUUGAUGCCAGCAAUGCAGCUCGAACCAUAAAAAACCCUUUUAGAAAUCUCCUCCAAAGGAAAAACCGUCCACAGUUGGUUCUUGGGGCUCUGGGAAUUCCUGCUUUCCAACAGCUCACCGGCAUGAACUCCAUACUAUUCUACGCUCCUGUUAUAUUUCAGAGCUUAGGUUUUGGUUCAGGGGCAUCUCUAUAUUCGUCUGUGAUUACCAGUGUAGCCCUUGUUGUUGCCACAUUCAUUUCGAUGGGAUUCGUUGACAAGUUUGGCAGAAGAGCUUUCUUCUUGGAAGCUGGUUGUGAAAUGAUAUGCUGCUUGAUUGCUGUGGCCAUAACUCUAGCUCUGAAAUUCGGACAAGGAGAGACUCUACCCAAGGGAAUUGGAAUUUUCCUUGUCAUUCUGACCUUUCAAUUUGUUUUGUGUUACGGAAGGUCCUGGGGCCCUCUGGGGUGGCUAGUUCCGAGUGAGCUCUUCCCCUUGGAAACAAGAUCAGCUGGGCAAAGUGUGGUGGUGUGUGUCAACCUAUUCUUCACGGCUCUUAUAGCACAGUGUUUCCUAGUAUCUCUAUGCCAUCUUCAAUAUGGGAUCUUUCUACUCUUUGCUGGCUUGAUAUUCAUCAUGAGCAGCUUCAUCUAUUUCCUCUUGCCCGAAACAAAGCAAGUUCCUAUUGAAGAGAUUUAUCUUUUGUUCCAAAAUCACUGGUUUUGGAAAAGAUAUGUAAACGGUGGAGAGCAAGUUGAACAACUUUUGUAAAAAGAUGUCCUAUUAUGCUUUAUUUCUUUUGUAAUUCAUAAAAAUAUUUAUGAAAGAAAGAAGCUUACCAUUGAAAUCUGCUUUGUAGUGGUGCGGAACAACUUUCAAUUACAAAUGAGACCAAAACAGGGGACGACAUUAGUUAGAGAAAUAUAUGUAUGCUUUUUUAAGAGACUAUUAGUUGAUGCCAAGUUACAUGAA